GUGACAGAGGCUUAAAGGGGAAGCGGCGGCGGCGGCGGCUGUGCCGGCGCGUAGCGCAGCGGAGAGGGUGGGUGCGCGCUGAGGGGAGCGGCAGCGCAGGGCGCGCCGGCCGCGCGGACAGGCCCGCGGAGGUGGCGGCGGCAGCGCCGGCAGGUCCCCAGCUAUGGCCGACGACCUGAAGAGGUUUCUGUACAAGAAGCUGCCGAGCGUUGAAGGUCUUCAUGCCAUUGUAGUUUCAGACAGAGAUGGUGUGCCUGUUAUCAAAGUUGCCAAUGAUAAUGCUCCAGAACAUGCCCUGCGACCUGGAUUUCUGUCCACCUUUGCCCUUGCCACAGAUCAGGGCAGUAAACUGGGACUGUCUAAAAACAAAAGUAUCAUCUGCUAUUACAAUACAUACCAGGUGGUGCAGUUCAAUCGCUUACCUUUGGUUGUAAGUUUCAUUGCGAGCAGCAAUGCCAAUACUGGGCUGAUUGUAAGUUUAGAGAAGGAGCUCACGCCCUUGUUUGAAGAACUGAGGCAGGUUGUUGAAGUUUCUUAACCUGAUGGUGUAGCCGGAGUGCAGCAUCCCUCUGCAGCCCAGUGGACAGAAAGAUUCAAUAAUCCUCAGUCAAAUAACAUGUCUCAGAAGAAAUACCAGAGCUCCUUAGAAUACUAAGUAAGAGUAAAUUGUACAUAGUACUGAAUCUGAAAUGAUCUACUAGUGUGUUGUAGGUGGAUGUUACUUUAGGCCACGCUUCUUGUAUUGUGCAGUACUGGAGAGACCACCAAAAUAGCUCCCAUGGAGUUUAGCUCAGCAGCUGAGCCAGGCCGGCAUGAUGCUCCUGGCUCAAAUGAGCAACCCACAGAGCUCUUGCUUUACAGGGAACCGGGCGUGCCGUGGGGUUUAUCCUCAGGCCAGCUACUGCUGCGUGUUGGAAAGCAGAUGGGUUGUAUGGUGUUAUCAAAGACAUGGUUGAGAGUAUUGUGAGAGCAAGUUUACUAGCAGUGAUGUGUCGGUACAAUCAAUAAAUAUCCCAGCUUUCUUACGUGGGUGAUAGUUCGGCAAGGGAAUGCUACUCACCUGGAUGCUACCUGCAUCCUGCUUCCACUAAGAAGAAAGCUAUUUCUAUGAAAGCUGUUGCUUUACGGGUUUUCCUCAUGCACCCCAACAGCGUCUCACUUCUUCGUGGGGGUUUUGUGUAAUAUGGUUGUGAAGAUCUCGUGUCUCAUAGUCUUUGUGUGGGUUCAUCACUGGUGACACUCUCAGCUCAUUUACCCUUAGGUUUUCCUAAGUAAAUAAAUAUAAAUAAAAUACAGUAUUUUUAAAUGACAGAGCCUGGUCCACUCUUCUGUUGCACCUCUACAGCACAUCAGCUUUUUUGUGGAGAGAACAGGUCUCUUAAUUGUUUGUAAAUGUACAAUAUCAGGAGUUUACAGGCUGAAAACUAACCAGAUUGGGUGAUAGGGAUAUGGAGUGCUGUGUCAGUGCAGAGAUGUAGAGGUUAAUGCUGACCCAAUUCCCAUCGCUGGGGAUCAAUCCCGUGCUCUUUGCCCUCCCACUCCCUCCCACGUUCCCCCUGUGAUGAGCCCAGUGUAGAUUUGCAGUGCUAAAACCAAGCACCACUGGGCUAAGGGAGACCUCCUGGCAGGUCUCUGCCCCAUCCUCUAUGCCUCGCCCACCUGCAGUAUCAGGCAGGAUGGGGGGGAAGUGGUGGUGCUGGAAAUGAGGACUGGGAAUUCUUGGCUCCAAAGCUUGCUCUGAAAUUAAAAUUUGUCAGUCACCCCUUUUCCAUUUAAACUGAGCUCCUGACUUGAGCUUUCUGUUGCUGGGCGUUACAGAAGCAGCUGGAAGCUAAGCCCCAAGGGGUGUGUCUAUUUCUGGCAAAAAGCGUUUCUGUUCCAUCUCGCCACUAGCUUCUGUUGAACUUCUCUGGCUGCAGCUCUGCUUCCUAGGCUGGCCAAGCACUGCUGCUUUUACUGGCUUUGGUUUGUGACACCAUGUGCUGAACUUGCUUCUAACAUUGCGUAGCACGGCCUGUUCAUGUGAAAAAGGGAAAGUUCCAAGCUCCGUUUCCAAGCCACUUUCACAGAACAGUGAUGCUGUUGGAGAAUAGUCUCGCUCUUCCCCUUAUGCUGCCUCUGUCUCACAAACUCAUCAAAGCUUUUUAACUAAAGGGAGCUGCCAGUUUGUUAAACCACUUCUUUAAGGGAGGGCAAAGCUUUAACAAUACAGUACAGAAAUACAGGAGACCUUUGGUAGUUUUGUAAUGACAUUUUAUUCAGAAAACAGUCUGUAUAAAAAAUAUUUACAAAUAUUUUGAAUUUGUAAGUUGAAAUAAAAUGCUAUUCCUAUGUCCAAA